AUGGCUUCUCAGUACGAACAAAGCUCUGGUCCCGACUUGCACGCGGCCGUGGAGUCCUUGCCGUCGUACCAGCUCGUGGACAAAGACGGCCGGAUUCAACCAGUGAGCGACUCACGAAUAGUGGCAAUCCACAACGAAGACAGCCGCCUAGCAGCGAUGAUAGUGAGCGAAGAAUUGCUCAACAAAAUCAAAACAUCUCUGGACGACGGAAUCAGAGCGAUAGUACAGGAAGAAACAGCGAAAGCGAAGAAUCCUGUGCUCAGGACAUUCGAAGAAUGGGUACAGAAGGAGCAAGAGGAGUUGUCGGCACAGAUGAAGGUUGUCGAGGCUGUCCCAGGGUCAUACAGCUUGUUGAUGUCGUUGGAUCUUCAAUCGAGCAUGCUCAACGACAAGCUGGACUUGGUUGCAGAGCGCAGAGCUGCACUCAAAGAAGAAAUGAAAGAGGCCGAGAAGGUCGCCGAGCUGAGCCAGCUUGGCACCUACGCAAGACUGUACGACCUUUUCAAGGCGCACGGAUUUACGGAUCAUGACGAUUCGGAAUCCCACUCACUGGACGAUGGUUUCCUGCGCGAAUGGGCGGUUCCGGAGCAGGGGGAGAUGGCACAGCGUGACUUCAACGCCCGUGCCGGAGAUGUUCAGGAGGCGCAAUGCGACUUUGACUGGUACUGGGGAAGGAUCAAACAAGCCAAGAACGAGAGCGCAAGCGAAGCUGGUCGGCGAGAAUUCAAGGCGAAUAAUCGUCUCACUCGCAAGUUGACUGAAGCAUGGGAGAGGUUCCGAGCUGCACGCCGCCAUUGCCACGAUCUAGGAGUCCGCGUACCAAACGACAGUCAGUCCUCAUCUCUUGCAGCGGAUUCUGAAGACGGCGAAGAGCAGUUCCAUGUGUUCAUGAAACCGUUCUGCGGACCAGAGAAACAUCCAUGGGUUGCUGAGUGGCUUGAUGAUGUGGAGGAUGGGCGUGGUUCAACAGCAGUGCACACGAGGCGGGAGAGGAUAGCAGCACCGAGACCCGAGAUGGACGAGUGGGAUGCUGGCUCAGAUCUCUGCCCAUGGGAAAGUCAGAGCGAGACAGCAGAGGGUCGAGAGAAGGAUCGCAUCAGGAUUGCUGAGGCAGUGCGAGACAGCCUGCGAGACGAUCCCAUAGAACAACGCCAGAAGGUGAUGACACGCAAGCGCAAGAGGGAUGCAGACCAGAAUGAAGAGGACGAAGUGGAAAUUGCAAAGACGCAGAAGAAGCCCUGA